UAUUUCGUAUAUAAGUCAACGAUCAUUGACCAAUAUUGUAAUAGACAACUGUGAGUUAGUGACAUCAAGUCGUGCUAGUGACCGAAUUACAGAACAAGAUGAAGGUCCUCCUACUAGCCUGUAUGCUGGCGUGCGCGGGAGUGGUUCUCGGCAGACGAGUCCCUCGCGCGUACACAGACAUCUACGACAGUAUUGACAUCAACACAGUGCUGUCCAACCGGCGGUUACUGGUGCCUUAUGUGCUCUGUGUCCUAGAGGAAGGCAAAUGCACCCCUCCAGGCAAGGAGCUGAAGUCCCACAUCAAAGAAGCGCUAGAGACCCACUGCGGCCAGUGCACUGAGAACCAGAAACGAGGAUCCCGGCAGGUCAUCGCCCAUCUCAUCAACCACGAACCUGAGUACUGGAAGAAGCUCACCAACAAGUACGACCCAACUGGCAAAUUCACCAAGAUGUACGAAAACGAACUCAAGGCGCACGCGUAGAGACGAUAGCGUUCCCGUUUUGGAAGACAUUCUCUGAGGAAUGCUAGGAGUUGAUAGCAUGAGCUGGUGCCAGAUAGUCAACAAGAGAGAGACAUAAACAUAAAUGUCAGAGCAAAUGUAUUUUGAUACGAAGAAAAGAACACCUAGCAUCGCUACAAAGACUCACUUCUUGUGGCGUCCUUUGUCUGACUAAUAUUCUUCAUCAUUGACUAUACCAGACCCAUCUUAAUGCUCAUCUUAGAACUUGUCUCAGAAAUUUAUGAUCAAGAUGCUCGAGUUCGUAUUUAUAUAAGGCUUGUGAAUUUAUUUAAUUUAUAAGUAUUUGCUAUGGAUGAUUGAAAUAAAUGUUUUGUUAAGA